GACGUGCCCGACAAGCUAGUGUGCCAAAUCACGUUCGAGUUGAUGAAGGAUCCAGUUAUGGCCGCCGACGGACAUACUUUCGAGCGGGUCGCCAUAGAGCAGUGGUUCGCGACGGGCAAGCGGACGUCGCCGGCGACGAACGAGCCCCUGCCGGACACUCGGCUGAUCCCGAACCUUGCGGUGAAGUCCAUGAUCGCC